CUCCUCCUGCCAGCAGGCGGCGCAGCAAGUCGCUCUGCCGGCUUUCCAGGAGUUUGCAGGACCAUUCUCCCGUGCUUUUUCCUAAACCAAGGUUUUGCAGUCCUGGCUACCCAGCCCUUUCCGAGGUCCGAGGUCCCAGAAACCACCCCCAACUCUGGCCCUUCAACCCAGAAAGUCCGGAUGGACCAUGCAGCAAGACCCGGGCGCUUCUUCGGUGUCUACUUGCUCUACUGCCAGAACCCUCGGCAUCGGGGCCGCGUUUACGUUGGAUUCACUGUCAAUCCUGCUCGUCGGGUCCGGCAACACAACGCGGGUCGCAAGAAAGGUGGAGCAUGGCGGACCAGCGGGCGAGGACCCUGGGACAUGGUGCUGAUCAUACACGGUUUCCCGUCUGCUGUGGCCGCCCUUCGGUUUGAAUGGGCCUGGCAACAUCCUCAAGCUUCACGCCGCCUGACGCACGUGGGGCCGCGCCUGCGCAGCGAGGCUGCCUUUGCCUUCCACUUGCGCGUUCUGGCGCACAUGCUUCGAGUUCCUCCGUGGGUGCGCCUUCCUCUAACACUGCGUUGGCUGCGACCUGACUUCCGCCAUGAACUCUGUCCAGCGCCACCGGCACACAUGCCCAUUGCCUUUGGACCACCUCCACCCCAGCCCUUAGUCCCAAAACGACCAGCUGUAAGCGAGGCUGACAGCGAGCGACAGCUGGAUCUAGGUACCAAGGCCAGAUGCAGUCUGUGUGCGCGUCUGCUGCAGGAUGAAGAGGGCCCCUUGUGCUGCCCCCACCCUGGUUGUCCCCUAAGGGCCCAUAUCAUCUGCUUGGCAGAGGAGUUCCUGCAGGAAGAGCCCGGGCAGCUUCUGCCCCUAGAGGGACAUUGUCCUAGCUGCAAGAAAUCACUACUUUGGGGAAACCUGGUUGGGCAGUGCCACGCGGACACAGAGGAGGAAGAGGAUUUGGAGUUAGAGGAGGAACACUGGACAGACUUGCUGGAGACUUGAUCCUAAGUGUCCCCCUGUACCUUUCCUGCUUCUCUCUUCAGUAACUGGCAGCUUUUACUUGAGCACCACACAAAGGCUGGGAUAAGGGUACCUUCUGAUGUUUUCUCAGAGCUGGGCGGGAAAGGAAGGCGUGAAGUGGAGGCUUUGGCCUAACCAUGUGGCCUUGCUUCCUCCCUUACCUUUCUCAGAGGUAACAGCUACUGUCUUCAGUUGCUUUCCCAUGGCGAUGAUUAAUGUUGGGACCAGCAACUUGGGGGAGGAGGGGGCUUGUCCCAUGUUACACUUCCAGUCCAUCAGCGAGGGAAGGUUGGGUGGGAACUCAAAGCAGGAACCUAGAAACCAUGCAGGGGGUUGCCUAUUGGCGCCAUCUCUCUGGCUGGUGCUUCAUUCAAUCAACACUUAUAUGACCCAGAACCCCCUGCCUAGGGGUGGCACUGUCCACAGUGGGCUGGGCCUUCUCACAUCAAUCAGCAAUAAAGAAAAUGCCCGCACAGAUGUGCCCACAGGCAAGUCUGGCUGAGACAGUUUCCCGGUUGAGGAGCCCUCCGAAAAUGCAGGGCUGGGUGAAGUUGACAACUGAAACCAAACAAGAUAAUAAUUAGAGGCUCAGAGGGUAGCACCUGUGACUUGGAGCCUCAGUUGGGAGCACAAAGGUCCUUGUGUUCACACAUAAGCACCAGGCAUCCCUUGGAAAGCUACCAAACUUUUCGACUGGACUCUACCCCCAAGAGUCCAUUGAUGGGGGCUGGAGAGCCAGCUCAGAGGUUAAGUGGCUGUUCUUGCAGAGGACUCAAAUUCAAUUCCCAACACCACAUGGUCUCUCACAACCACCUACAACUCCAAUUCCAAGGGAUCCAAUGGCAUCUUCUGGCUUCUGAGGGACCAGGCAGACUGGUGGUUUACAAUGCAGGCAAAACACUCACAUAAAUAAAAUAAUAAAGUUAAAUUAAAAACAAAAGUUCUAGCCGGGCGUGGUGGCGCACGCCUUUAAUCCCAGCACUCGGGAGGCAGAGGCAGGCGGAUUUCUGAGUUCGAGGCCAGCCUGGUCUACAAAGUGAGCUCCAGGACAGCCAGGGCUAUACAGAGAAACCCUGUCUCGAAAAACCAAAAAAAAAAACCAAAAAAAAAAAAAAAAAAAAAAAAAAAAAAAAAAAAAAAAAAAAACAAAAGUUCUUUAAUGGUCUGAAUACCUGUGGGAUACUGAGAACAUAGGAUGUUCUACAGGUGAGCUACUGUACAGCCACACGGGUGAUCACUGCCCUGAAGACAGACCUGCCUUCCAGGCAGCUACCACUAGCUGGCUCUGUGAGCUCCAGCAGAGUGCUCUUCCCCCAAAGCCUCCUGGUCUUUCUCUUGAAGCCAAGAGCACCUCAAAUGGUAGUGGUGUGCUUCUAAUGGAGGUGGCUGGCUGUUUCUGCAACAUGGAGCUGGGGUGGGGCAUCCCAGUGUCAAAGACUGCAGAGGGGAUUGCUGCACUGCACAGCUUGCAAGCCUUUCCUGAUGACCAGGAGAGUUCCAUAACCAGGUCUGUAGUUCCCACCUUGGCAGACACAGCCAAGCCCUCAGCCCCAGUCACUUCCCACUCCCUGCUCUCCAGGUACCACCCGGGUCAGUGAGAUACUUGGCAUGGUCUAUCAGGAUGCUGACCUAGAGAAAUGUCUCUAGGCUUCCAUCUGGUUUCAGGUUCCCUUCCUAGAGCUCAGAAGCCCUGGUGACCCCCUCAUGUAUGUGAAGAAAUAGUAGGAAAAUGACCAGGGUCUUGAAGCUCUGGAAAGCACUCCAGCCCUGAGGUUCCUCAAAACUCACUGGCCUGUGUCUCUGGUCCCCCAGAGUUCGCUGGAUGAAGGUCAAGGUGAGAGCCAGGGCAGUGCUAGCCAAUCCUGGAUAGACCCUUGGUCCUGUGCUGCUGAGGUCUCUGCUGUCUCAUGGAGUAAGAGGCCAUCUGCCUGUCAGUGUUGUGGGGUUCAGGAUGGAGAUCUGAGAGAAGGGGAGUCACAGAAAAAGGCGCUCACAGAACAUGGAAGAGAGCUGGCUAGACCCAGAUCUGCCUUGUUCUAGUACAGGUAUGGUGGCCCCUCAGGGGACCAACCUGAUCUAGUUGUUUGUAUAGGUGGCUUGUCCUUGCUGUAAAUAAAAUAGAACUCCAGGUGCAUUCUGACUCUUGGCUUCAGGCCACAAUAUGUGUGUGUGUAUGUGUGUGUGUGUGUGUUUGGUUGUACUGAGGCAGGACAUCACAGUGAAAGUUCAUGGGGAACAGUAAGGAAUGAGACCCCCCAGAAUGCCAUCCAUACAUGAGUCAUGAGCGGAUCAAUCUCCACGUUAGGUCAGUUCUCAUGAACUAGCCAUUGCACAACAGUGCUGCCCAGCUAGAGUGAAGCCUUCAGCAAGAGUGAUACCCGAGCCAGGAACAACCAAAUUCCAGAUCAACAGCACCCAUAUCACAAGGUUGCAACAGUCCAGCCUUUGACCCUGUUUCUCCUUUGCCAUCACAGGAGAAAAUUCCCUCAGUGUGUUGUGAUGGGUGACAGGAACUCAGGAUGGUUUAGACAUGGGGUCAGAUGCCUUUAAUAUUGGAGCAUUGGAGAAGCAGACAGGUCUUUAUGAUUUUGAGGCUAGCCUGGUCUACAUAUUGAAUUUCAGAUCACCCCGAGCUACUCCCCAACUCUCAAACCAAACAACAAAAUAAAACACAACACGGC